GAGGGAGCCGGCGGCUGCCGCGAUGUGAGCCGGGGAGGCGGAAGGCGCUGCCCGCAUGGCCGCGGGGGGCGGCGGCAGGAAUGUGCCCCCGGGCAGCGGCCCCCGCGACGGCAUGAGGCGGGAUGGCGGCACCGAGCCCUACUGGUCCAGGCCUGAAUCCCGUGUGUGGACAGCGAUGCUGCUGCUGGGGACGUGCCUGCUGUACUGUGCCCGUGUCACCGUGCCCAUCUGCGCCGUGGCCCUCAGCUCCUACUUCGACUGGGACAAGAAGCAGUUUGGUGUCGUGCUCAGCAGCUUCUUCUGGGGCUACUGCUUGACACAGAUUGUUGGAGGACACAUCAGUGAUCAAAUAGGAGGUGAGAAAGUCCUCCUCCUGUCAGCAUCAGCCUGGGGGUUCCUCACAGUCCUCACCCCGCUGCUCACCCACAUCACUUCAGCCCAUCUGGUUUUUAUGACCUCCUCCAGGUUCCUCAUGGGGCUGCUGCAAGGGGUGUACUUCCCAUCCCUGGCCAGCCUGCUGUCCCAGAGGGUCCGGGAGAGCGAGCGAGCCUUCACCUACAGCACAGUGGGGACUGGAUCACAGUUUGGAACGCUGCUGAUUGGUGGUGCAGGCUCUCUCCUCCUGGACUGGUACGGCUGGGAAAGUGUUUUCUACUUCUCUGGUUUGCUCACUUUGCUCUGGGUUUAUUGCACCUGCAAAUACCUCCUGAGUGAGAAAGAACUCACCAUCCCCAUGAACUAUUUAACGAGAGGCCUCUCAGUGCCCAAGCAGACCAAAGUUCCCUGGAAGCAGCUGUUCAGGAAGGCACCGAUCUGGGCUGUCAUCAUCGCUCAGCUCUCCACGGCCAGCACCUUCUUCACUCUGCUCUCCUGGCUGCCCACUUUCUUCAAGGAAACUUUUCCCGACUCCAAGGGUUGGGUGUUUAAUGUAGUCCCCUGGCUGGUUGCAAUUCCAACGAGCUUGUUCAGUGGAUUUCUGUCUGAUCAUUUAAUUAGUCAAGGGUACAGAACCAUCACCAUUCGUAAGUUCAUGCAGGUCAUUGGCUCUGGUGUCUCAAGCAUUUUUGCUUUGUGCCUGGGCCAGACCUCCAGUUUCUGCAAAGCAAUAGUGUUUGCCUCAGCCUCUGUUGGACUGCAGACCUUCAACCACAGUGGCAUCUCAGUAAACGUGCAGGACCUGGCCCCCUCGUGUGCUGGCUUGCUCUUUGGGGUUGCAAAUACAGGUGGAGCCCUCCUAGGUGUGAUUUGUGUGUACCUGGCUGGAUACCUGAUUGAGACCACUGGCUCCUGGAUUUCUGUUUUCAACCUGGUGGCUGCUGUGAACAGCAUUGGGCUCUGCACAUUCCUCCUGUUUGGAGAGGCCCAGAGGGUGGACACAGACUCUGUGUAUGUGGAUCUUUAGAGAUGAGCCCAAGAAGCAGCUGAAGGACAGGAGAGUGUCACAUCUAUGGAUCAUUCUUGCACAAGUGCCAAAGAACAUUUUACUUUUUUUUUUUUUUAGCUGUUUUAAUGGGAAAAAUAUGCUGAAACCAAGUACAUAAUGGGUCUGGAUGAAACCCAUGGGAGAAAAGAAAUUUAGAGUUCAUUUUUUUGCUCAGGGCCGUAGCUGGUGGCUUGCAGAGCCAUCCAGCUCAACAUCUCCAGUGAGGAUGGGGACCUGUGGGACCAGUUUGUCCCAGUUUGUGUCUCAUGGACAAAUAUCCUUGUGGCCAAAGCAGCUGACCUGGCCUGUCUCCCAAGGCUGCUGUGGUUCCAUGCCCUCAUGAGGAGAGCUGCUCCUCCAUGUGGGAAUGGGGCUGCCCUGCUCUGCUGUCCUGGGACCCCCUGGCUCUGGGGCUGCUGUGCCACCAGGUGUCCUGUGGGCUGUGACAGGAACACCCCAGCCAGUACCUCUGCCCUCAACCCCAAUGUGCCUUUGUUCUGCAGCAGGUUCCAGCCAGCUUUGCAGGGCUGGGAGGUGAAUUCCAGGCUUCCCUCAGGGGCUGUGUGUGUGCCCAGGAACCAUGGCCAUGGGGCUGUGCCAGUACUGCUGUCACAGAGCUGGGAGAGGGCUCCAAGCCAAGCCUGGCUUUGCUCAGGGGCCCAAGGUGUCCCUUCUCUCCCUGGUGGCUUCACCCCAGCCCUGAGCCCAGGUGGAGCAGCUCCACCAUGAGAGCAGAGCUGAGCUGUCCCCUGGAGUCAGGCUUAGCUGGGCUGACCCAGCAGUGCAGCAGCAGCUGAGGAAUCCCUCUGGAGCUGCUUGGAGAGAUGCUGUGAAUGUAUGGGAAGAACUGGUCUCACUCUGUGCUGUGGAUCCACAAGUCCCAAAUGCUUUCUGCAUGAUUAGAUGUGUCCUCCACGUGUUCUCAAAGCACUGAAGGAGACUUUCCAAAGAGCUUGGCAUGGGCAGGUUUUGUUUCUGUGUUAAGCAUAAAUCAAAUUUCUGCAUUGGGCAUCCAGAGGGAUGUGGAUCCCUGUGGUUCCCCGUGUCAGAGGGAAAUACUUGGCUGUAGACACCUCUGAGCUUGAAUGUCUUAAAGUUAUUUAUAAAUAUUUUAAAAUUUAAGCACCAAAUCAUAUAUUUUAUGUACUUGAGGCCUGAUUCUGCAUGCUUGUUUUGAGUGGUACUCCCACCAAAUCCAGCACUAUUUCUCUAAGGGGAGGAUCUACCAGCCUCCAGUGUUUGGUUCUGUAAGAUCAAUUUUAAAGGUGAAUUUCAUAUUAAAGCAAUUCAUUGCUUCUCCUCCAAUCCCCUGAUUGCAGCCUGAAGGGAUCUCUUGGGUUUCUCUAGUGCCUACCAGAAAACUCAGGCUGGGAGCAGGUUUCCCAAGGACCUUGCAGUGCAAGAAAGCUGCAGAUUCAGGUGAAAAAAAAUCCUAUUAUCCUCUUCCUCACAUUUUUUUAGGCCAAAUUUCUUCUUGGAGGACAUUCUGGAGCUGUGUAAAGUUUCUGAGUGGCCUGGUUUGUAGUGAAAACACUGCCAGCCUUUUAACUGCAGAGACACUAAUGGGCAUCACCAAUCUGAGCUGAGCCACUUGCUGGGCAGAGUCAGAGAUAAGGAUGGGACUGCCUGAUGUCUUCCCAAGAGAAUAAAGGAUCAGUGUGGCCUGAUGGGACAGAGAGACAAGAAAGUAUUUUAUUUUUCUCCUCCUGUGCUCUUUUUUCUCUAAAAGGCUGUUUGCUACCCUGGGUACCCCUCUGUAGUGGGGUGCUGCAGAGCCAGGAAGGCUGCUGGGAAUCUUCAGUCAGUGGGUAAAUUGGGAAAAACACCCAGUAAGAGACAACAAACACAGCCAGGCUUGCCAGAGAGGCCUGAGGCUGUGCAGUCUGUCCAUCUCUGUCAGCUUGUCCUUUGUCCAGCCUGAGCAGAUUGCCUGCAUGGCCUUUUCUUUAGUGACAGGAAAAAGAUCCCCAUGGGAUUUGUGGGGUUUUAGAGUAUCUCUCCUGGCCAUCCAGUGCUGCAGGACAGGAGCACAAGGAGUCAGUUCUGGUUCUCUUUGCUGCUUGCAGCAUUUCUUGUGGAGGAGUUGAUGGGUUUAAAUCACUCUCAUUUGAAUUAGGCUGCUUGGCCACCCCUUGGAGCUGCCAGCUGGGAAAUUUGGAACUGAUCUUCAGAGGAAAGUGCUUGGCUGUGCCUUCUCUGUGAAUCCAGCUACCAUUCCAGUGAGCUGUCCAAGUUCUCUGUCUCUGGAACUGGCUAAUAAGUUAAAUAUUUGAUCCACAAUCGAGGCUUAUGUUUCAUUCUCAUCAUACCUCUUUGGUGAAGUAUUGAAACUUUUAUCUGUACUGUUAUUUGUUUAAGCCAGAGCUUGUGGUCUGCAAGUUUUUGCUAUGGAAGGACCUAAAGAGAAUAAAGGCAGAGAAACAUUUGCAAAUUCUGGUUUUGCUUUGACUGCAGAGGUGGUAAUUUGUGUGAUGAUGAGGGCCAGAGGAGGGUAUUUGAUGUGACUGACUCCUCCUGGGGGAGGCUGUGCAGGGAG